ACGGGCGAGUCACGUCCGACGAGCGGCCGAGACGCGCGUCCUUGCCAGGUCGUCGCUCGCUGAAGUUCACUCGAGAAUUUCGACUCUAUCGGUCUCUCCCUCUCUCUCUCUCUCUCUCUCUCUCUGUCUUCUUCUCUGCCUUUAGAUCCUCCUGUCGUCGCGUCGCGGACGAUGACCCCGUGAGCGAAAGUCGCGCGCGACUUAUUCGCCAAGCCGCCCGCUUGCGACUCCGACGCGAGCUGUCGGCCGUGGCUGCGGCGGGAAGUGCGUCAAGUGACAGUAGACACUCUCAGCUGCGCUAGAGAACUCAAUCAAGAAGGCGCAUCUCUCCGCUGCCGCGACUCCGCGCGUCCGCGAUGACGCGAGCGUUUGUCCGCGUCGUGCUCGCCGCGGCGGUCGCCGCGACGGCCGUCGUCUCGGAGCCGAACGACUCGGUCAUGUCGUCACCGACGAUAUACAAAUGCUGCCGACACGACGAGGGCUUCCAAUCGUCCGAAGACCCGAACGAACUGCCGCGCUGCCAGCCGUCGUUGGAGCAGUGGCACCCGUUGAUUUACUCGCUGAAGAAGAACACGUUCAUGUCGAACGCCAUGCCGCCGCAGUGGCGCAUCGUCGACGGCGUGAUCCCCAAGUGCGACACCGGCCACGACCUGAUACACGUGCCCUACCGGAAGGCUAACCCGUUCCUGCUGCUCGACGCCGGCGGCGGGGCCAACGACGGCCACGCGAUGAUCGACAGCAACAACCUCGAGACCCAGUUCCCCCCGAGCCAGUACUGCGGCGAGAACGUCGCCCUGCUCGUUUGCGUGCAGAAGAAGCCCAACAGUCACGCAGCCGCGACGAUGAGGCCGCGGGUGCGGCGAUGCUGCGGCGAGAACGCGACUUUCCACGAGCACGGGAAUACCUGCGUACACUUGAAAGAGAUGCCUGACGCGCCCCCCCUGCUGCCAAACACAAACUCCGCCAUUGAGAUCAUCGCCGGAUUCCCAACCUGUCCGAAAUCCGACAAUUUCACCAUUCUGGGAGACGCGAAAGAUGCCGUACUGCAACCGGACGGCGGCCUGGAGAUAAAGGGAGUCUCCCUACCUGCUGGCCAGUUUUGUGUCGAAAGGAUAAAGGAACUGAAUCAAAUAGCCAAGGUGUUUGCCUGCCCGGAACACGCGCCGCAAAGGCCGGUGAUGCAAGCGCCGGACAUCAGGUUCACCUUGUAUCCCGUGGGUUUCAUCAUUAGCGCCGUCUUCCUGGCAGCCACCCUCGCAGCCGGCUGGCUGUUACCGACCUCUCAUCACGUGCUGCACUGGCGCUGCCAGACUCAUCAUGUCGCCUGUCUGAUGCUGGGGGAUAUUCUCAUGGCCAUCAUUCAGCUUGCCGGGGACUCCCUCCAUGACGGAAGCUGCAAGGCGCUCGCGAUCAUGGCGCAUUUCUUCUUCCUGGCUGCCUUCUUCUGGCUGAACACGAUGUGCUUCAACAUCUGGUGGACAUUCAGGGAUCUGAGACCGGUGAGCCUGGAGAAAGGCCAGGAGACCCUCCGGCUUCGGGUCUACGGCUGUUACGCUUGGGGUGGACCUUUCUUGGUCGCCGGGCUGGCAGCUCUUCUCGACCAUCUCCCGCCGCAGCCUCAAUACACGUACCUCAGGCCCCGCUUCGGCGAGAAACAGUGCUGGUUCUACGGUGAUAUGGAAAUCUUGGCGUACUUCUUCGGACCGGUCGGAGUACUUCUGGCCAUAAAUCUUCUCUUUUUCGCCGUGACUGCUCGCGAAUUAACAUGCGGUCUCUGGAAAGGCGAAUUCGUGAAGAGCACUACCGAGAGGGCAACCUUGGGUCGCAUAUGCAUGAAACUCGUCAUCGUCAUGGGCAUCACCUGGGUGGCGGACGUGGUCUCAUGGGCGGUCGGCGGGCCCCAGUACAUCUGGUACUUCACCGACUUGAUAAACGCCUGCCAGGGAGUGCUGAUUUUUGCGGCGGUCGGCUGCCAGCCGCAGGUCAGAGCGGCCCUCAAGAGGCUCUGCAACAGGAACCCGCAGACCAACGCCGGCAGGCAGGGUAACGGCCACAGCACGACCAGCCACGGAAUGCCCAGCAUGGGUGAUAGCGUGACGCAGAAUCCGAGCACGAAGACCGCACCGUUGGAGACCAUCUGCUAGGGUGGCGCAUCUUUUCCCCCUUCCCCUACCCCUCUCGCCCCUGCUACUCCCUCUCGGCGUGCGCGACUUCCGAGGAAGUUCGCCGAUGAUUUAGACGCGCUCUUUCGGGACAUUUCCGUUCAGGGGAUCUGUCGAACGCGACCUGUCGCCGCGCUCGAGGAACAGACGAGCGAGCGCGACAAGCGGAGGCAAUCCGAGCGAUCCGCCGCGAACUUCGCCGUGGCCCUUCGUCAAGGAUCGUCGGGACUACCGCGAGGAGGAGCCGCCUGCCGCCGCAGUAAUUCGACGAAAGCUCCCGAUGGCAGCGCAUACGUUACCGUCGGACUUGCCAGACGACCGAGGAGGGACCGUAUAACGAGCACCCGCGGCUCACUUUCGUUUCGCCGCGGCAGACGACGGGCGAGGACCCCCCCUCCCUCGCCCCUGCGAGAGGAAUCGCGGGAUUGCGCUCGCGGCGCUUGCUGCGCGGGUGUUCCCCGUCGCGGCGACGCCGGUCGUCGCAGACUAUCCGCCUCACGCAACGCGAAACUGAGCCUCCUCCCUGAGCGAGAUCCCGUUGACCCGCGACGGGUCACACCUCGUGGACGGUGUGACACCGCGACGUCGUGAAUGGCGGGGUCGUCGAGCGACGUGUACGCCCGGGACACACUGCCGGGAGAAACGGCCAGGAGCCAGGAGUGCGUUAUCCUUGGCGCGCGCGCGCGAAUUUGUUUGUAAGCCGGCCGGUUUAUAAGCGAAUCCCGUUUGUAAGCCGGGAUCCACCGGCGAUAAGCGCGCGCUGACAAACAGACACGAUGACGCGCGUUACUCUCUUCGGGCCUCGUUAACGGGCAGAAACAAACGUGAUUUAUGAUCGGGCCGCGCGUUCUUCUUCUUUUUUAUCUAUCCAUCUCUCUCUCUCUCUCUCUCUCUCUAUCUCUCUCUCUCUCGCAGCGAGCACGGCGGCAACGUUUAUUG